CCCGGGAGUUCAUUGAGGAUAAAAUAAAUAGUGUAGUUUAAAAGAAAUCAUUCGUAAAAAAUUGUUUUGUUUUAAGUUCCCAUUUAAAUUUCCUACUGAGGAUCACGACUGCGAGGAGAAGUCACGUUGAGCCAAAGAGGGAGAUUAAACGGAGAAGCCCCAGGGUAGAUCACCGUGGAUCGAACAAAGAGCCAAGUGGAGAGGAGGUGUGCUGAGAGGAAAGACAAGAGAAGAGCCAUGCCUUAUAACACACCAGGGAGCCGUCGAGUGAGGAAUGGAAGUGGACAAAGACGAGAAGAACGCGGAAAUAAGAGAAACCGAUCGGAGGGGCUUGGAAGGUCAUAGCCCAGGCACCGUCCUUUCCCGGAGUUUGAUACCGGAAAUGCCAGGAUGGUGGUCCCAUCAUAUUUGUCAUUUCCAAUCGUCGAGAGAGUAGAGCAAGAGCCAUUAGUAGUCCGCCGAGUCAACUGUAAAGGAGAGCCAGGAAUGCCAUCGGAAGCAGUAAGGAGAUCCAGCUUAGUAGAAAGAGAAGGUGCCGUGGGUCCGCGAACAGAACCGAUUGUGCCACCAGAGGUCUGGGCGGAUUUAAGUGGACUAGAGUUAUAUAAAAAGGAGCCGAAAGCAAAGAUACGAUCUAAUGGUGCCGAGGUAGUGGUGCCGUACCGGUGGCCGGCUGAUCGCAGGAAGAACGAGAGCCAGGAGGAAUACGAGAGCCGACUCGCCGAAUAUGAGUUGGAGGUAUUCCUUAAUCCACAAGGACCAAUGACAUCGAUGGGUUUGGAGGAGGCCAGAGCCAAACCGGUGCUCCGAAAAGAGGACAUGGAGAGCGGAGAGCCAACACCAAGAGCUCAACGUUUCCAUUCACCUCAUCCAGGGCCACCGGUGAGACGAGUAGUAGAGACGGGUACACGUCCCAAAGAGCCUCAGAGAAACAGCCGAAAGGGAGAGAACUGUAAAGAAAACAAACUAUGGAUACCGAGAAAAUCUGGGAUAAUCUUUGGAGGCCUCAAGGAAAUCCCGACCUCAGAUAUCCUAGACCCGCCUCCGUUUUGCUGCUUCAACUGUUGGGAGCGUGGCCACAGAGUGGUAGACUGCCCUCAUCUAAUCCGACAUCAAUUUUUCCGAAACUGCGGGCGUCGGGAGACGACAGUUAAAAAUUGCCCAAGGUGUGCCGAAGCGUAUUGUCGUUUCGCAGGCUGUCCAGGGCGGUACGAUGAAGUAGUAGAGAUCAGCGAGACGAAAUUCGAGACAAACGAAAUAGCGGAGGUGAUCACCAGGUCCAUCAAGGAAGGACCAUCGGAGGAAGAGGAGAGCCAUCUGUCGGAAAAAUCCCCGAACCGACUUGUCAACGAUUAUGGUAAUAGGAGAAAACUAGUGCCGCCAGUUGACCCACUAGCAGUAAUGAAAGUGUGUCAGGCGGCUAGUUAGUAGUGGAGAAAGGGCCAGAGGGCAGGGCCAGUGAGGAGUAGAAAGAGGAGAGCCACCGGAACGAGGGAGACGGAAUGAUGAAGAGGACGAACACGUGCGGUGAAAGUAGAGACGCGACAGGUGUCCAAUACUUUCGCCGGCAUAAUAGAAUUUUCUAUAUACCGCGCCGGUACACCAGUAUCUUGCUGUCGAGAAGUUCUAAAUAUAUUUUCGAGUUGUAAAAGUGAAUUGAAUUGAGAAGUGGAGUGUGAAACUCGGAGUUCAUUUAGGA